CAACAAUUUCCCUUCAUACUCUCUGUCAGUCAAGGAGAGAAGGAAAACCCACAGCUUUGCUUUUCCCUUGACACUGUCUUCACCUAACCUCCUCUGCUCGGAAAUCACAGACUCCCAUCACACUUCGAUCGAAAAUCCUUUGAAAAGAAGCGUAAAGAUUCAAUCUUUUCUCCCACCCGUUUUUUGACUUAGCCAUCUCUAUUUGUUCGAGUUGUCAUGGAUUUCUUGCAAUCCCAAGAUUUCCAGAUUCUCGUGGGUGUUGCGGUGGCUCUCGUCGCCAUUGGAGUUGCUGCUGCCUACCUCAAAUCCACCAAGAAACCAAAAGGAUGUUUGGAUCCUGAAGAAUUCAAGCAAUUUAAACUUGUCAAGCGGACACAGCUAAGCCACAAUGUGGCAAAGUUCACAUUUGAACUUCCGACGCCUUCUUCUGUUCUGGGUCUCCCCAUUGGACAGCAUAUAAGUUGCAGGGGCAAGGAUAGCCAAGGUGAGGAGGUUAUCAAACCCUAUACCCCAACUACCUUAGACUCUGAUGUUGGACACUUUGAGCUGGUCAUUAAGAUGUACCCCCUAGGAAGGAUGUCACACCAUUUCCGUGAGAUGCGCGAGGGUGAUUGUCUCUCUGUAAAGGGACCAAAGGGACGUUUCAAGUACCAACCUGGCCAAGUUAGAGCUUUCGGGAUGCUUGCUGGAGGCUCUGGCAUCACUCCAAUGUUCCAGGUUGCUCGGGCAAUACUAGAAAACCCAAAAGACAAAACGAAGGUGCACCUUAUCUAUGCCAAUGUGACUUACGAGGACAUUCUCUUAAAGGAGGAGUUGGAUGGCCUUGCUUCUGGCUACCCAGAUAGCUUUAAUGUUUACUACGUUCUGAACCAGCCUCCUGAGGGUUGGGAUGGCGGUGUCGGAUUUGUGUCGAAGGAAAUGAUUCAAACCUACUGCCCUGCACCAGGGCCGGGAAUUCAGAUUUUGAGAUGCGGUCCGCCACCAAUGAAUAAAGCGAUGGCUGCGCACCUUGAGGAUCUUGGUUAUGCUCCGGAAAUGGAGUUCCAGUUCUGAUCCUCAUCGAGCAAUAAACCUUCGAUCGGACCUGAAUUUUCCUUUUCUUCUCCUUUCCGGGGUCGGGAAAUGUGCUUUGUGCGAUUGUUCUGUUGUCUAAAUAAAGACUUCAUUGUUCAUGACUUCUGAAUGGAAACAUGGGUUGCAGGCAUGCAUGUUGUAACUCUGGAGUCAGACUUCCCCGCCAUUUUAUUAAGCUAACCCUGCAA